AUGAAACGCAUGACUGGCUACAUCAGCUUGGCUCGUGAUAGAUAUGGAGGCCGAGUAUAUCCUGACCCGAAGGAGCCUCAACGAACCAGGAUCCAGUAUCACCCAAGCAAAUACGACCAGGCACAUAUCCUCGAAGGCGUGAUCCAUUUGGCUGAGCUACUGUACGUCGAGGGUGCUCGCGAGAUCUUCACCUGCAAUCCACAGCUCGAGUACUUCGUGCGGCCGACGUCCGACCCCGUUGCGAAGGUCAACGUGGCAGGCAUAAAUUCACCAUCACUGAACGACUCCGAAUUCCAAGCAUGGCUCACCAAGCUUCGCAAAAUCGGGCUGACGAGUCCCGAUACACCAUUCGCUUCUGCACAUCAGAUGGGUAGUUGUCGUAUGGGCACUUUGCCGAGCAACAGUGUUGUUGAUCCGAAGGGCAGAGUCUGGGGAACGAAAGGUUUGUACGUCUGCGAUGCUAGUGUGCUACCCUCGGCUAGUGGUGUCAAUCCCAUGAUUACUACUAUGGGCAUCAGUCGGGGCAUUGCGCGAGGUAUAGCAGAAGAUGCUGGCGCCGUGCAGCAGGUCAAAAGAAGAGGUCGAUUCAUUACGACAUCACCGAAGCGACAUGCGGCUGCUCAAUACCACGACCUUGAAGCUGCAGGAGUCCUUCCAGCCGCCUCCGUAUGUGAUACUGACACAUCGAUGGAGCGACGAAGACGCAGCUACGAGGACUUCAUUCUGGCCAGGAGGGAUCUCGACCAAUUACCAUCGUACCUCGUCGAAGAAGCGGCCGAGAUCAGGGAGCGUAGAGGCUACCGCAAAAUCAUCGACUUCGCGGCCAAAGCGAAAGAACAUCUGCACUGGGGGACAGGAACACCGUUUGAAUGGUGCUGGCUAGAUACUUGCUGUAUUGACAAGCGAAGUAGCUCCGAGCUGUCUGAAGACAUUAACUCUAUGUGGAAGUGGUACAAUAACUGUGGGUUCUGCGUAGUGUACCUCGAGGAUGUCUCUUCUUCGCAAGUUAUGUUACAGAGUGGCGAAUACCUCAAGGACUGUAGCUGGUUCGGCCGUGGCUGGACUUUACAGGAGCUGCUAGCACCUCAGAAAUUGAGCUUCUUUGAUAAAGAAUGGGUUGCUCUCUUAUCGGUCUACAAAGCUGCACAUCACGAAGAAGGGACGCAUUGGUGCUGGUGGUCGAAAGAUGGAUAUUCUGCGGCGAAGACAUUGGCAACAGCCGCACGUAUCCCUGAAAGUAUGCUGGCACGCGGUCGGAUAGAUGUUUCCGACGCCUGUGUGGCUCAGAAGAUGAGCUGGGCUGCCCAUCGACGUGCUACCAGAGACGAAGACGUGGCCUACAGUCUCCUUAGCCUGUUGGGUAUCAAUAUGCCGCUCCUGUAUGGUGAAGGUAGCAGAGCUUUUCUGCGCUUGCAACAAGAAAUUCUGAGGUACAUCGACGAUAGCUCGAUAUUUGCCUGGCAACUCACUGAUGAUGAGCCUACUCUUGUACGGACAGCUUGCCCUCACUAUCUGUGCGAGUCAACGAGUCUGCUGGCAAGUAGCCCACUUCUCUUCCAGGAUGCUGGUAUGAUCAACAAGGACUCACGGUCAGCUUUCCGUAUUCACACUACAAACAGUGCAGUAUACGUGGAUGUUGAAGCUCCCGUGCGAAGGAUUGUUCAAUCCAUGGAUAGAGUUCGUGGAAUUUCGGAUCGCAUCCCAUGGUAUGUGCUUGAGCUGGGCUAUUACAUGGAUGAUACUGCUACCUCGCGGACUCGUGCUCCUUGUAGAAUCAUCCUCUGGAGAGAUUCGUCAAAUGGUUCAGAGACCGAGACCUACAUGGCAGGCAGGCUGUCUUGCUGCACCUCCGCCUUUGAGAAGAUCGACUUGGGUGGGCGCCAAGAAGAAAUUACAGACUCGAUCGAACGAAGGAUGAGGUUUCGUAUACCCAUUGGCUACGAUGAUGAUCAGCUCGACGGGUUGAACACUGGAUCAAGACAGCUCGGUUGCGCCAAUGCGAAGCCGCCAAAGCAAGAUGUGGCAGAUGUUAAUUCGAUAGCUGACACAUCGGCGAGGCCAAUGCGGGGUACUGCGAUAGUAAUAUCGGAGACUGCACCUUCGAUCAGCUCCUUCACGGUAUCGGCUUGCAGCGUUGAUAUCGCCGCCCUCAAAGUACCCAUCGAGGAAGAGCCUGCGACUCCGGAUAGGCCGCGAUCAUUGUUUCGUAAUCCGUGGCAGAGUGUGACUGCCAUUGAGCGAUUGCGUGGUCUUGUGGGUAUUGGCACGAAGCGCCUCGGAUGA